AUGAUUCAAAUUCUACAAAAAUUAAAUAUAACUUUUAAUGAUAUCUAUAUUCUAUCUUUACUUUCGUUCGCCAGUUAUAUUAUCUAUCUUGUAAUAAGUUAUCCAGAUCGUGCGAUGGGAACAGGUCCUAGGAAAGAUCUCGUUGGGCCUAAGGGUGUUCCAAUAUUUGGAAACUUUUUCUCAUUCAUAAAAAGAGACACUUAUAUUCACCUCUUACAAGAGUUGGCAGAUAAAUAUGGAUCACUUUUUACAAUUACAAUCCUGGGAAUUGGCCGAAUCAUUAUAUCAAAUGAUCCACAAACAGUAGAAUAUAUACUCAAGACCAAUUUUGAGGAUUAUAAAAAAAGUGAUGUCAUUUACGAAGUAGGUUAUGAUAUAUUCGGAGAUGGAAUCUUAUCGGUUGAUGGUUAUAAAUGGAAAUUUCAAAGAAGAAUAAUAAGCCAAUUGUUCAUGGGGAAAAACUUUAGAAAUCUGAUUUAUACAUCAAUAACGGAAAAAUCUAAAGCCGUAUUAAAUAUUUUAAAAAAGCACGCAGACAGUGGAAAGCCCAUUGAUUUACAAGACUUAUUCUACAGAUUUACUAUAGAUACUUUCGGAGAGUAA